CGCGAAUUCUCGACUUUAGCUUUAGUAGGGUCGCGCAGUUCGACCCCGCGACGUGACCGAGCAAGGGGAUUGCGUUUCUUUCUUGCCGUCUUCUCCGUUGAUUCGCCGCGCCCGAAACUUUCCCCGUAAAUACGACGCGUUGAAUUCGUCGAAACACUCUGGUGAAUACGGGGAGAGAAAACACUGCGAGGGAUUACGGGUGUCAUUGAAUUCGGUGUACCACCGUACCACGAACGCGUGGGAAUAAAUACUAUAUCGAGACGGUUCGAAAGCCGGCGUUUCGUUCGAAGAGAAUUAGCUUUGAUCGUUAGUUAUUAGUUUCCGAUAAUUGAAUGAUAGAUGCAUUAUUCAUGGGAUAUAGGUAGCGGGUCAGCUAUACCGCCGUGUAAAUAUUGUGUCAGCAAAUGUUGUGCCGGUAAUUAAUUGAGUCGGAAAGUAUAGGUGAUCGGUGUAACACAAUACUGGUCCGGGGUUCGUUAAUGAAUCGAGAAAAUAGCCGGAUCGUCACGUAAAAUCUGGCGGAUAACAGCUGCCCGCGUGUAUAAACCGGUGUAACAAUGUAUGUUAUUUUCGGUGUGUCGAACACCGCGUUCAACACGGACUCCACGGUGCCAUAAGUUUCGGAUGUCCUCGUGUUUAAUUAGAACGUCAUACCAUAGAUGUAUUCAUCGGUGUUCUCGUUUAGUUGUAAUUAAUUAAUUGGAGUAAUACCUAAUUAAAUAUAAGAAAAAAAAAAAAAAAAAAAGGAAAGGAAAAUAUAUACAUUGGUACGGUAUGAAUAAAUAAAAGCAAACGCGUGUAAUAUUUAAAGAUUCGCGCUAAUUAAGCCACCGUUAAUUAAUCGAGUGUUUUGUUGUUGUUGUUGUUAUUAUUAUUGUAUUAUUUAACGUACGAGUCGAGGCGGGCGAGGAAAUUGAAAUUUCUAAAUUGGCUGUUACGUGGAAGUGAAGUUACGCAAUUGAAUUAACAAUCGAGGAUCGUUAAACAAACGGCAGUGCGCGAUCCACCCCACCACCCCCCCCAUCUACACAAAUGAAACGCGUCUCAAUAAUAUAAUAAUGAAGAAUGUAACUUUGAAGACCAUUUUUUUCCCAGUUCUUCUAACGGCCAUUCAAUUCGUCCAAUUAAUUUACGCCGGUAGUUGCAAGGAGGCGAAACUUUGCUGUUCGGGGAGGGACUCGGCGUGCGUCGUCCAGAAAACUUCACCCAACGCCAUAAUUGAAGGACCCCAAGAUAAGCCGUGUUACUGCGAUCACGCUUGCUUGAAAUUGGGCGACUGCUGUAACGACUUCAAGGAUAGCUGCGGAGUCGUUGACUGUGCGGUCUCGGAGUGGAGUCAGUGGUCGGUUUGCGACAGCAAAUGCGGACCAGGUAGCCAAACCAGAUCAAGAAUCAUCGUGAACGCCGAUAAAAAUGGAGGAAAACACUGUCCCCAGUUGGAAGAAAGCAGAGGUUGUCAGAGCAGCGACGAUUGUCAUCGACGGAAUUACAGCGCUGCUCUGAAAGAAGUCGCUUUGCUGUUGCCGAAAAAUUUGGACGGACUGCCGGAGCGGAGCGACGAAAACACCGUUUCCGAGAGCUACUGCGUCGUUUUCAAGGUCAUAAGAGCUACCAAAGCAUGUUGCAAGGAUCCUUCUUUGGCGAAACUGAACGCGGGUUCUCAAGUCUGCGUGCGUUGUCAGGCUCGUGCCUUACGCCGUGUUCUGGAUUGGCGAUGUCAGGGCGACGGGGAAUCGGACGGUGACAGGUGGAGCAUUUUGUCAUCGGCGCAUUGUCACGGCAAGUGGAUCCGCACCUUGAAAACCGGUCCGAAAUGCGACGCCGCGGAGUGCCAACCCCAAGCCCUAUUCCUUUUUGUUUGAAAUGGAAACGGAGUCGACGCUUUUCCGGAGCCACGGCGAAGCUCCGACUGGACGCGGGUGUCUUCGGGAAUAAAAUUUAAUCACCUUACCGGACAUGUCCGCGGCGUAGAAGCCCCUGUUUCGAUCGGCUGAUCACCCCCCUCCCCCUGUACAUAUAAAACCUGCUUUCAAGUACCAUUUCAACUUAAAGUUAUUAUACGUUUAAGAGAAGUAUAAGGAGCGUAAUCAAUUAGCUGGUUGGCUUAUGCCGGCGUAGGUUUCACCCAGACAUAUCCCCCCUGGGAGUUGCGAGAUCCUAAAGCUGAUUUCGUUUAGCCGUAAUACCUAUUGCUACCGGGUAGUUUCUUGGACGAGUAUUUCCAUGGAACUUUAUGUGUAAUUGGCCUCCCUGAUGACGCUUCAGUGGAUUGUACAUAAAAUCACACAUACAUAUAUAUACAUUGUAUACUUAUGUUAGUAUGUACCAUUCAUAUAUACAGUAACCUAAUAUCCCUAUAGAUACUUACGCAUACGUUGUUAAUUAAAACUUAAGAAUUAGUUGUAACGAUACUGAUUGUAAUAUUCUCUAUAAAUGCAUAAUAAAAAUUAUUUUAGACACUGUGACCACAUA